UGCAGAGUAACCUUCAGUUCGGAUUGUAAUACUGAAGCAACGACAUUCGAAAGUGCAACCUUGAUACCGAUUCCAGCUUUCCGAGGAACAUAGUGGAACACCUGUUUGUAGUUCCCAGUGACUCAGGGUAAAGUGAUUCUUCCAUUUAACCACAAGCAUGACUCAAACACCCGUACGCGGCUCCAAGCCGGCCCAACGAUCCAACCUUUCGCCCUUGAUCGAGUCCCAGAAAAACAUGGAAAGACUGCGACGUCGCCGAUUAUUCUUGGGCAGUGUGAGUAGUUUGUCGUUUGAAGAGGAGGAGAACGACUUCUACCACUGCGAAGCCGAAGAACGCCCCAUCUCGCCCAUCUCCCGAUGCUUGGGAUCGUCGGGAUCGGAAUUGUCGCAACGCUCCGGAUCCACGGACUCAUCCUCGAGUUCGGUGGCUACCCGAUCCAGUCCGAGCAAUCAGAGUCUGGAGGUGUCCGUCCGCAGUCCCGUGGCUCAUCUGCGGCACUUUGAACUCCACGAAUUUCUGACCGACCGAUUAGAGGAACAAGUAGCUUAUCUGAUCCGUGUGUCCCACCAAGAGCGUGGCGGUCUGGCUUUUGUCGGCCUUCACACCACCCUCACCGAAGCUGUCCAUGAUAUCCUACACAUGUCCGAGGACGAGCCUUAUGGUGUUCGUGGUGCCACGGUGAUCUUGAAAAUGCGUGAGCAAACCAAUGGCCGUGAGUCUGAGCGGUCUUUGGGCGUGAUCGCCGUGGAUAAUAACAUGGUCAGCACUUUCCGUCUGACCUUGAUUCUGAAGGAGGAGAAACGCCUUGGGGUGACCUUUAAGAACUGGUUGGUUGAACAAUUCACCGGAGGCAAGAAGGAACUUGUGAUAAGUGGUCAGUAUGAAGUGCGCAAGGAGCAGUUGUAUCGGAGCUCGUCUGGGUCCAGACUAGCUCAGUUUCACCUCUAAACUCCUCUAAGAAUGACGCGCUUAUUAUUGAAUAUGUAUACCACGGGGGAAGCCCUCAAACCAUUAACAGCAACCCAAGGCGGCCUCCUUCAGAACGAGAAACUGAAAAUUCCUGUGAUAGGUCCUCGACCCCCCUUGCCCUCUCCCACCCACCCUUCGAUCGACCCGAGUCAAGGUCUGUCAAUGAAUGAUGCUGUGAUACCCGGCUUUCUACUUGGCCAAAGAUGUCAUAACGAGCAGAACCUAUGCUUCCCCAAUUUCAUGACGAGACACAACCAAACAACUAUCCAUCCUUCCAUCCAUCCAUCCAUCUUUCCAAAGUCAAUCGAGGCUCGUUGACUUGAAAUCCGGGUGCGGCCUUGCCAGCUUCCGAAGUUCGGAGAGUCGCCCCACUAUUUUUUAACCAAGCUCAUAACCAAGCGUGACCUAAUGAUUUUAAGCUUGAUGGUAGCAUGAAAACCAACCCAUGCCUCAAUCCAUUCAUCCAUCCAUCUCACCAGCCCAUCGCUUCCUGAUACUUUAGGACUAAGGGCGAGUGGUGGGUGAAGUUGGUCGUUUCUCAGAGGAGGAAUUUUCAAUUUUUUUCAUUCCGAAUUUUCCCCUAGGAAAUGGCCAAGUGAUUGGUGCGCUCCCCAAGAGCGCUGGAAAUGUGCCAUCUAACGUAUCGUUUUUUAGUCAUGAUGAACCAAACCAACCCGAACUCUCAUUUUCUCCCCCCCACCCCACACAAACACACAUACAAGAAGAUCUAGGAGUUUCUCCAUAGUCUACAACUCUCAUUUUAUCGCUUUUGCUCAGAAAAAAACACCACCUCUCAUGGCGUAAGGAAUCGCCGUAUUCCAAAUGGUUUUAUCUCCACCACGACCCCUAUUAAAAAAGAACUUUUUGUAAAUGACACUAUUUUUGAUUCGUUCACCCCCACACCCCAUGACCUUGUUCAAGCCAAUUUCAAAGUUGCUCUCGUACGAAAUGUCUUUUUAGUUGGGUCAAAUCCGUUCCCUAACCUGAUCAACGUUAAGUAAGCUCUUAUCAAAAAUCUCGAACUCGCUACAAAUGAAAUUCUCCGUGUUUCGGCAGCAGUCAUGUCUUGGGAAGUUUGGGCAAUCCAUCUUUCAAUGACCCUCUACUGUUGUUCGGUACAGUAUGAUGCCCCUAAAUAUAAUUUAUUCAUUUCAACAUUAUGUCUUCCACCAAAAACCCCAUUGCCAGAGCCGUACUGAUGCUGUAAUUGUUCAAAGUUCCAGUUAUGACUUCGUUGCUCUUGGUUGGAAUCUAUCGAUUUUUUUCAUGUUCUUCAAAAGAUUGUUAUUCAACACUAUCACAACGCAGUAUUUGGAAGUAAUCUCAUGUGCCAAUAAAGAAUUCUUGUUACACACAAA